GUUUCCGGUGUCCUGCGAUGGCGACUCCGGAUUCCCUUUCGCUGUUCACCGGCCUCGGGCUGAGCGAACAGAAGGCACGUGAGACGCUCAAGAACACAGCUCUGAGCGCCCAGCUGCGCGAGGCGGCGACCCAGGCGCAGCAGACGCUGGGCUCCACCAUCGACAGGGCUACCGGGACCCUGCUGUAUGGCUUGGCCUCCAGACUCAAGGAUGCUCGGCGCCUCCCUUUUCUCGUGGGUUACAUCACCAGUAAGAAGAUCCACACCGAGACCCAGCUGAGCGCUGCUCUUGAGUAUGUACGGAGCCACCCUUUGGAUCCCGUCGACGUAGUAGAUUUUGAGCGGGAAUGUGGUGUGAAUGUCGUGGUCACCCCAGAGCAGAUCGAGGAAGCAGUCGAGGCUGUCAUAAAUCGGCAUCAGUCCCAGCUCUUGGCAGAACGUUACCAUUUCAACAUGGGGCUGCUGAUGGGAGAGGCUCGGGCUGCUCUCAAGUGGGCUGAUGGCAAAAUGAUCAAGCAUGAAGUGGACAUGCAGGUCCUCCACCUUCUGGGUCCCAAGAUGGAAUCUGAUCUGGAAAAGAAAUCCAAGGUUGUGAAGACUCGGCCAGAAGAAACAGACCGGAGGAAAGCAAAGGAUGUGGUGGAGAAUGGUGUGGCUGCUGGCCAGGCUCUGUCCCUGAUGGAGCAGCUCCGAGGAGAGGCACUGAAGUUCCAUAAGCCUGGUGAAAACUAUAAGACUCCUGGCUAUGUGACCACCCCACAUACUAUGGAUCUACUGAAGCAGCACCUGGAGAUCACUGGGGGACAGGUGCGUACCCGGUUUCCCCCAGAGCCCAAUGGAAUCCUGCACAUUGGCCAUGCUAAAGCCAUCAACUUCAACUUUGGAUAUGCCAAGGCCAAUAAUGGGAUCUGUUUUCUGCGCUAUGAUGACACUAACCCUGAGAAGGAGGAAGCGCAGUUCUUCACUGCCAUCUCUGACAUGGUGAACUGGCUGGGUUAUACUCCUUACAAAGUGACGUAUGCCUCUGACUACUUUGAUCAGCUGUAUACCUGGGCCUUGGAGCUCAUCCGAAGGGGCCAGGCUUAUGUGUGCCACCAGCGAGGGGAAGAACUCAAAGGUCACAAUCCCCUGCCUUCGCCCUGGAGGGAUCGUCCUGUGGAGGAAUCACUGCUGCUGUUUGAGGCAAUGCGCAAGGGCAAGUUUGCAGAAGGUGAGGCGACACUUCGGAUGAAGCUGGAAAUGGAAGAUGGCAAAAUGGACCCUGUAGCAUAUCGUGUCAAGUACACACCACAUCACCGCACAGGGGAUGCCUGGUGCAUCUACCCCACCUAUGACUAUACACACUGCCUCUGUGACUCCAUUGAGCACAUCACCCAUUCACUCUGUACCAAAGAAUUCCAAGCCCGACGCUCUUCCUACUUCUGGCUCUGCAAUGCUCUGGAUGUCUAUUGCCCUGUGCAGUGGGAAUACGGCCGUCUCAACCUACACUAUGCUGUUGUGUCUAAGAGGAAGAUCCUUCAGCUUGUGGCAGCUGGCGCUGUGCGGGACUGGGAUGACCCACGGCUCUUCACACUGACAGCCCUCCGGCGGCGAGGCUUCCCACCUGAGGCCAUCAACAACUUCUGUGCCCGGGUGGGGGUGACAGUGGCACAGACUACAAUGGAGCCACAUUUGUUAGAAGCCUGUGUACGUGAUGUGCUGAAUGACACAGCCCCUCGGGCCAUGGCUGUACUGGAUCCACUAAUGGUCAUCAUCACCAAUUUUCCUGCGGCCAAGUCCUUAGAGAUCCAGGUUCCUAACUUUCCAGCUGAUGAGACCAAGGGCUUCCAUCAGGUUCCCUUUGCAUCUGUCAUCUUCAUCGAACGGACAGACUUCAAGGAGGAGCCAGAGCCAGGCUAUAAGCGUCUCGCAUCCGGCCAGCCUGUGGGCCUGAGACACACAGGCUAUGUCAUUGAGCUGCAGUGUGUUGUCAAGGGCCCCAGUGGCUGUGUGGAGAGGCUGGAGGUGACCUGCAGACGAGCAGAUGCUGGCGAGAAGCCCAAGGCCUUCAUUCACUGGGUGUCCGAGCCGUUGACGUGUGAGAUUCGCCUUUAUGAGCGACUAUUCCAGCACAAGAACCCUGAGGAUCCUGCUGAAGUGCCUGGUGGAUUCCUGAGUGACCUGAACCCGGCAUCACUGCAGGUGGUGAAAGCAGCAUUAGUGGACUGUUCUGUGGCACUAGCAAAGCCCUUUGACAAGUUCCAAUUUGAACGACUUGGGUACUUCUCUGUGGAUCCAGACAGCCACCAAGGACAGCUUGUCUUCAACCGGACUGUCACACUGAAGGAGGACCCAGGGAAGGUGUGAGCUGGAGGCCCAGGGAAUCUGGACAUACCUCAUCCUUCUGGGGACUGGGAGAACCCUCACCACUCCAGAAUCCAUGUCAAUAAAGAGCAGCUUAAUGUCUC